AUGUUUUCGUCAUGGUUCGGUGGUGCGGCCGCUCAGAAGCGCAAGGAUGCGCCUAAGAACGCCAUCCUUAUGCUUCGGGAGCAACUAACCAUGCUGCAAAAAAGGGAGAAACACCUGGAGACUCAGAUGCUGGAGCAGGAGGCUGUUGCCAAGAAGAAUGUUACUUCAAAUAAGAACGCCGCCCUCGCCGCCCUCCGACGGAAAAAAGUCCACGAGAAGAACCUCGAGCAGACGCAGGCACAGAUCGCACAAUUAGAGCAGCAGGUCUACUCCAUCGAAGCGGCGAAUAUCAACUAUGAAACGCUCAAUGCUAUGAAGGCGGCCGGCGCAGCCAUGGAGAGGAUUCACAACGGCAUGACUAUCGAAAAGGUUGAUGAGGCGAUGGAAAAACUCCGAGAUCAACAAGAACUCAACAACGAGAUCGCAGAGGCAAUCACACGCCCUGCGCUCGGCGAUCAAGUGGACGAAGACGACCUGGAGCAGGAACUCGAGGGUCUGGAGCAGGAGGCUAUGGACGAGCGUAUGCUCAACACAGGCACGGUACCGGUUGCGGAUCAGCUCAACCGCCUACCUGCGACGACGACCGCAGACCCCUCGAAAGCGAAACAAACAGAAGAAGAAGACGAGGAAGCCGAAUUGGCAAAAUUACGCGCGGAAAUGGCCAUGUGA